AUGAUUGAAAAGUUAGAAGACUGGCAGAAUAGAGGGUUGGAUGAAUUAUUGAGGGAAGCUCAGAAAGUCUACGUAAGGCGGGAAGAAGAGAGCAGCAAGCGACAAGUAAAAAUGAUGGUAGCAGCGGUCAGAGAGGAUCGCAAAGGGCGGACUGAAAUUAAAGUAAAAAAUCAAGAACUAACGGUGUCUGCCUAUCCUUUGACCGUGGAUGAUCAAAAACAAAUUAACCCCGAUGUCUGGUACUCUCCGAACACAAUUAGUAGACUGGAAAUCCCACCGAUUAAAAUCCAAAUUUCCGAACCCCACAUACCUGUGAGGGCCCUGGAAGAGCUCUUAAAAGAAUACCAAGUACAAACGGGAAACGUGCUGUUACAGUAUGUAGAUGAUCUGCUCGUAGCAGGGAAUAAUAAGGAGGAUACAAAAUACCCAAGUGGACCCCUCAGGAUCAAGAGCAGUUUGCCAGUCUCAAAAAGGGAGCUAAGUCAAGCACCGGUUUUAAGUCUCCCAGAUUUAAAGCGGCCAUUCCAUUUAUUCGUUAACAUACAUGAAGGAACAGCAUUCGGAGUAUUAACUCAGGAAUGGGCCGGACAAAAGAAACCGGUGGCAUACUUAUCAAAGCUGUUGGACCCUGUGAGCAGGGGUUGGCCGAGUUGUUUACAAAUCAUUGUUGCUGCUGCCUUAUUACUUGAAGAAACGAUUCGUAUUACCUUUAAUGGAGAAGUUGUCCUAUAUGCGCCUCAUAAUAUAAGGGGGGUGCUUCAACAAAAAGCAGAAAAAUGGCUUACAGAUAGCCGACUACUAAAGUAUGAGGGAAUACUCAUAGAAUCUCCAAAACUAUCCCUAAGGACUAUCGGAGCGGUUAACCCUGCAGAAUUUCUAUACCCAGGGGAAAGUACUGAGUUAGUACAUGAUUGUCUUCAAACGAUUGAACAACAAACACGAAUUCGACCAGACCUAGAAGAAGAGGAAUUACAACAUGGAGAAAUAAUUUUCAUAGAUGGGUCAUCUCGAAUAGUGGAAGAAACAGCUGUCCGGACUGCUGAGCGUGGAUGGACUCAUGCCAGUCGCAUUAAAGGCCCAGUGACGAGACCCCACUGGAAAACUCCCUUUCGGAAACAACUAAACACUGUGACUGAAUUUUCUUUAUCCAGGGAUCUAGAGUUGUCAGAAUCCAACGACCCCUUAUGGAAUCUAAUGCAAGCCUCUUAUCGUGCCCUUAAUGAAAGCAAACCAAAUUUAACUGAGGAAUGCUGGUUAUGUUAUAAUGUUAAACCACCAUAUUUUGAGGCAAUUGGAAAACCAGGUAGGAUUCAAUGGUCUAAUGGUUCAAACCCACGAGAAUGCCCAUGGGAUGACCAGAGGAACCAUACGCAAGGAAUUACUAUUCAAUUAGUAACAGGUCAAGGAAAAUGUAUAGGUACAGUGCCCAAAAAGUAUCAGCCUUUGUGCAACCGAACAGUCACUAACACCAAUAUAAAGAAACACAAGAAUCAAAAUGACAAAUGGGCUAUCCCGACACCAGGAGCUAAAUGGGUUUGUUCAGACAUCGGAGUAACGCCUUGCCUAUCCCUAAAUGUGUUUAAUCAAUCUCAGUUUUGCGUACAGGUGAUUAUUGUUCCUCGUCUGAUCUAUCACACCUCUGAGGAGGUGCUACGCCACUUUGAAGGAGACCUGAAUAGACAAAAACGAGAGCCAAUUACAGUGGUAACCCUAGCUACACUACUGAUAGCGGGUGGAGUUGGAGCAGGUACAGGCAUAAACUCCCUAGUAAAAAGUCAGGAAUUACAAAGUUUGCAGAUGGCUGUAGAUGAGGAUUUAGCGAAAAUAGAACAAUCUAUCCAAAAUUUAUCCACUUCAGUAAAGUCUUUAUCAGAAGUAGUGCUGCAAAAUAGAAGAGGAUUAGAUCUAUUGUUCUUAAAGGAAGGAGGGUUAUGUGUAGCUCUCAAUGAAGAAUGUUGUUCUUUUGCUGACCAUACGGGAGUAGUCCAGGAUACCAUGUCUGAACUCCGGAAAAGGUUAGAUCAACGUAAGAAGGAUCGUGAGGCGGGCAGGCCAUGGUAUGAAAACUGGUUUAAUGUUUCACCUUGGCUAACCACUUUGUUGUCCGCUUUAGCAGGACCGCUUAUCAUGUUGAUUUUGGGACUUAUAUUUGGGCCUUGUAUAUUACGCUAUAUUUUACACUUUAUUAAAGAACGGUUUGACAUAGCUAAACUGCUUAUUUUAACUACGAGGUCUGGGGCAAAAUAUAAGAGUGUAUCUAUUAAUGAGGAUGAAGAUUGUUGUGGAUGCGUUAUGCCACGUGAGAACUAUGCCUAUUGUAAUUGUGAGGUAUUACCUUGUGAGUGUUAUGAUAAAUGUUGGGAUUGUGGAAAAAGGUUUGCUUGCAGUGCCGAGAAUGAAAGUAGUGUUUAAUAAACAAUAAAAGGAAAAAAAAGAAAAAGGGGGGAUUGUAAGAAACUAUGGACUAGGGUAUUGUUUAUUAAGAUUUAUGUUAAGCCCAAUGUAAAGGUUAGGCAACAAAAGAUAUGAAAUCGCUUAUGCAAACAGCCACCAGACACCGCUUGUGUAAGAUAGGAUAACCGCAAUCGCUUACACAAACUAA